AUGGCCAUGAACUCUCAACAAUUUGGGCCAAGGUAUGUCGUGGGAGUGAAAGAAGCUGUUGAGGUAAGUUCUCCUAUGCAACAACAAUUGAAUGAGCUAACUGCUUUUGUGAGGAAACUUGUUGUAGGUUUUGCACCAAGAAGGGCUUAUGACCCCUAUUUAAACACAUUUAACUCGGGAUGUCGAGAUCACCCCAACUUUAGUUAUGGGAAUCAACAAUCCUAUGGUCAACAACAACCGCCAGGUUUCAAGUCAUAUGGACAACAACAACCACAAAUGACCAUGCCCCAAGCCUCUAUGCUUGGUAACUCUUUAUAUGAUAUGGUGAAAUCAAUUGAGUCUAAUUUUUUGCAAUUUCAACAAGGGACAAGAACUAGUAUAAAAAACUUGGAAGAUCAAAUGUCUCAAGUAGUGAAUGAGGUGCGGGAUAUAAAAAAGAGGGAGAAAGGCAAGCUACCGGCUCGAACCCAUAUGAACACGAGCAAUGUUAGUUCAAUGGUUUUGCUAAGUGGUAAGGAUUUAGAAGGUCUGAAGGUUGUUACACAAAAAGAGAAAGCUGAAGAGGAGAUUGAGAAGGAGAUUGAGCAAGAAGCGAACAAGUCAACUGAUCAGGUGAAUUCUAAACCUCAUAUUCAAUCCACUUCUAAUAUUGCUCCAUUUCCUUACAGGUUAAUGAAACCGGCUAAAAGCGAUAAAGACAAAGAGAUCAUAGAGAUGUUUAAGAAAGUGGAGCUAAGCAUUCCUUUGCUUGACGCAAUUAAGCAAGUCCCCUGUUUUGCCAAAUUUUUGAAAGAGCUGUGUACCAAGAAGAAGAAAUUGAGAGGGGAUGAAAAUGUGCUAGCUGGAGAGAUUGUGUCCGCCGUGCUGCAAAGAAAAUUGCCACAAAGAUGCGGAGAUCCAAGUAUGUUUGUCGUCCCGUGCAAAAUAGGUAAGAUGGAAAUUAGAAGAGCUAUGCUAGAUUUAGGUGCAGCCAUUAACGUUAUGCCUAAGUCUAUUUUUAACUCUUUGAACAUUGGGCCUUUGAAAGAAACAGGGAUAGUGAUUCAACUAGCUGAUAGAACCAAUGCUCACCCUGAAGGGAUAAUUGAGGAUGUUCUUGUGCAAGUGAAUGAGUUAAUAUUCCCUGUUGAUUUCUAUGUUUUAGAUAUGCAUGAUGAAAAUUCGCCUAAUCCUUCACCUAUUCUGCUUGGACGCCCUUUUAUGUGUACUGCACACACAAAAAUUGAUGUUAGGACAGGGACACUCACCAUGGAAUUCGAAGGUGUAAUGAAAGUCUUUGAAGUUGGAGAAAUAAGAAAAUUGCAGUUGCAAGAGUUUGAGGAAAUUCAUAACAAAGCUUUCGAGAAUGCUAGGAUUAAUAAAGGAAAUAGUAAGGAAUUUCAUGAUCCAAAUAUUUUGAGAAAAGAUUUUAAUGUUGGUCAAAAGGUUUUGCUCUAUCCUUAUCGCCUUAAACUGUUUCCGGGUAAGCUUCGCUCUCGAUGGAUAGGUCCAUUUUUUAUUACUAACAUGUUUCCGUAUGGUGCAAUUGAGAUUCAAAGUCUAAGCACGAAAAAACGGUUUGUUGUGAAUGGGCACCGUCUUAAGCCUUACUAUGAGGGAUACCAAAGCAAAGAAGUGGAGUGCGUAGCUCUCUUUGAGCCGUGUGAUUAG